CAAUCCUAAGAACAUCGUACCAUCUCUUUUUGCUUCUGAGUUUGACCCAAUUUUCAUAUCGUUAUAUUCUCAGAAGGAAAAUUCACGCAUACUCACACUUUCCUCUGAAGCCAUCAGGAAAAUUCUCUGUUAGUGUUAGAGUGAGCGCAUGGGCAGGAAAUAUAGGGAGUGAUAAGGAUAAAUAGUGCUUUUCUCUCGUGUUUUCACAGCAAUCAGCUUCCUCAUAAGAUGGUGGUGCCAUUUGAGACCGUUGUGAACGAACAAGGUCAGACGGUCCAUAAGCCACUGUAUUCGGCUAUUCCAUCACCAUCAGCUCCAUCAUUCGACGACGUCUUCAAUCUCUGCCGACCCGACACAAAAGUGUGUUUCCUGGUACACAAUCCAAAUGAAGGUGGCAGGGAUAUUGUUGUGGAACGUCGGGCAAUCCUCGAGAGUGGCACAAAAUUGGCCGAUAUCAUCAACAGUUUUCCCAAUGGCAAAAAAGUCGUCCUUAAGUAUGAGAACAUCGAGAUCUUUGCAGAGCUCCUUCGAUUCAUUGAGACAAAAUUCUUCAAACCGAAAGAUGUUGCAGAAUGCCAGCAAAUCUUUCAAGCUGCUGCUCAAUAUGACUGUCAGGAAUUGAAGGAGCGAUGCAUCAAAUUCCUGGACAACAAUCUAUCGUUGGACAAUGUGAUUGAGAUAUUUGUAUUGAUGCACUCUCACUCAAAUGGCACAAAGAUUCCACCAUUCAAGAGUCAGGGUUGCUGUCGGAGAGCCAAAAGGGAAUUCUCAUCAACUGACGAAGUUAUCAGUGCACUUUUGGAAAACUGCCUCCAGUUGAUAGACACAAAUGCCAAGGAAAUUCUUAGUUCUCAGGAAAUCUACUCACUCAGCUACAGUCAAUUGGAGCUUAUCCUCACGCGGGACACUCUUCAAGUGGGAUCAGAAGUGAAUGUGAUAAAGGUGCUGGAGGAAUGGAGUCGUCUGGCGUGCCAAGAGAGAAAACUCGAACUCACUGAUGAAAAUCGACGAAAGGUUCUUGGGGCUCUCUGUUAUGCACCAAGAUACCUAACAAUGCCGACCAAAUCUUUCGAUAUUGUGUUCAGCAGAGUAGAGCUGCUGGAUGAAAAUGAGAAGAAUCUUGUGAUUGACGUCAUAAAAAAUCGCCGGAACUCCAGUAUAACAUCAGACCAGCUGAAAAUGAUAGAUAGUUUCAGGAGGAACCGGACGAAGCGACCGUCUAUGCCAAUUCAUCUGAGUGAUCGCACGGACCCAAAGAACUAUUCCAGGAAGAUGAGGAGAAACACUGAGGGAACAAGUAACAGGUUCAAUUCUGGCCUCAGUGAAUUUCAAUCUUAUUUGGCCAAGAAAAGUUAGCAAUUUGAGGUUAUGCUGAAUAUAAUUUUCAAAAUGCUAUUUAAACAUCAAAUUUGGGAGACAAUAAUUGAGGUUAUAGGUUUUGUAAGUUUUCCUUUUUUUCUAAAAGAAAAAAUCUAAACUUAUUAAAUUUAAUCUUAGUUUUAAAAACGAUUUGGAAAUGCUGGAAAUGCCAUCCAAUUUCCAAUGUUUAUCCAAUUUAACCUAAUUCAAAUUUUUAUAACCUAUAAAAGUUAGGUUAUGUGACAACAUAAACCCUUUUAUAACCUCUUGAUAACAAGAAAUGUUCCGCACUGUUCUCCACUUUUAGGUUGUAUUAAGAUUCAGAAUUUUAUGCGAAGUUUAAGAAAUUUAUUUCCUUCUUGGAAUAUACAAUUUUUAAAUAAACAUGACAAAGAAAGUUAGUUAAAAAAAUCACCAGACAACAAUGUAGUAUUAGAUUUUAUACAUUUACUAUGUCUCUGAAGGACAUGAAAAGAGAUAGUUCUAUGCAUUUAAAAAAAAAGUAACAUUGCACAGAAAUGAACAAGGAUACAAAAUUUAUUGUGAAUUUAUACACUUUUCUCUUUGCCUUCUUGACUUCUGCCCAGUCAUUAAAAAUGGUAAAAGUGUUUAAAGUUUUAUUUCAUGCAGAGAAAUUCCGUUUUAGCGACAGUCUGAAAGAGUAGUAGAGAGAAAAGAGUAGUAGGUUGUUAGAGAGAAAAGACAGCGAAGGAUAAUUAUGGUGUAAAAAAGUUAAAGAAAAAAGUUUAACCAGUGUUAAAAUUAUUGUACAAUUUAUAUACCAAAAUUUAUCAAUUUGCCAUAAUUUAUUUUUCUUCCAAUAUGUGAUUCAUUAGAAAUGUGAAUUUAGUAAAACUAAAAACAAAAAGAGAAACAUACUCGUCAUACUUUUUUUUUGUUGUAAAUUUCGCUCAAAUUAUUGUGAGAUUUUUAGAUGUGUCAUAAAGAAAAAUUUAGUGAAAUUAUUUGGAAGGAUUAUGAAAAAGAUAUAGGAUCAUGUUUGUGAAAGGAUUUCUAUGAGAAAGGUAUAUCAAUGUGUUGAUAAGAUAGAGAAAUAUUGAAUGUUAAUGGUAAGAUAUUUAAAUAUAGACGAAGGAUUUAUAUUUGACUGUUUAUAAUCUCGAAGAAAUUCUAUGUUACAAAAAUCAUUUAUUACUAAUGUAUAUUUAAUAGAAAAGGCUUAUCAAAUGUUAUGUAUAAUUUUUUUUUAUUUGUUCCUAUUGGUUACCUUUGACAAAUAAAAGUUUAAAAUGA